AUGCCGAACAAGAAAUCCAACGCGAACCACGACCCCAAGAGGAAGGGCAGAGCCAAGGCUGCUCCUAGACCCCGAAAUCCCAGGCCCGCUCCUGAACCAACGGCUAUGCGACUAACACGAGCACGCUCCCGGCUUAACAAUGCUCCUCCUCUGAUGGCGAGCCUUGAAUCUGACAGAGAUUGCCAAAGACGUGCCCUCGUUGCAGACCCUGAGCCCUUGCCAUUCAAGGAUGUUGUUCAGAGGCUCGGCGGCACUGCUAAUAUGGCUACCAGAGAAAAGAAAAGAAUCACGCUCAAAUUAAAUCACGCUGCACGCGCUUCGGCUGCUGGUCCUUCAAACCAGGGUCAGCCCUCAGGUUCGAACACAGCAGCAGCAUCAUCGAGCUCAUCUUCUUCUGCUGCGCCUUCUGCAGCUGGAAUGGCCAAACUCACUCCCUCCCCAAGCCCAAGCAUAUCCUCAAGUUCAAGUUCUAGUUCAAGCUCAGGGCGUUCAUCCCCUUCUGACCAGAGCGAGUAUGCAGCUCCAGGAAGGAGGAUAAUCAAGAUCAAAGCCCAUCGCCGUGCAGCUUCUUCAGAAGCUAAUCCUUCAGACCAAAAUCAUUCUGCAAAAUCGAGCUCUGGACAAACAUCUUCGCCAUCUGCAGCGGGCCCUUCUAGUCAGGACCGCCAUCUCAGCGCAAGCCCUAGCUCCAGCUCGGAGCUUUCAUCCCCACCGUCUCCAUCCCCUUCUCCCCCGGUAGCCGGUCCUUCUGAUCAGGAUCCACACUCCAGCUCAAGCUCGAGUUCAGGGCCCUCAUCACCAUCUUCUUCGCCUUCAGUGGAAGCUCAAGCGUCUGGAUCCCCAAUACCUUUAGCGGCUGGGCCAUCCAAUGGCAUUCCAUCCUCGAGCACUGGCUCAGGCUCAAAGUCAGAUUCAGAAAUCUCUUCGCCGAAUUCACCUACUCGAACUUCUCCGCCUCCAAACCGCCCAAGUCCUGAUACGAUAAAGAUAGACGUACUUAUCGCUAUGGGUCAUGAACAGCCGAGUAGCGACGAGUAUGAGAGCGAUGGCGACGGUUGUUCUGGUGAUACCCCAAGUGAUGGAUCUGAGGAUGAGUCAAGUGGGAGCGGAGCUAGCAGUGGCUAUGAAGCCUCUGAGGAAACCUCCAAUAACACAGAAUUUACCGGCUCUGAAAGUUCAUCAGAUUCGGAGGGAGACGAUGGGAACGAUGAUGAUGAUGCGUCAGGAGGGCCAUGCUCUAGGCCUUCUGGCUCUUCUGGCCCCUUUGAUCCUCCUGGGUCCCCGGGUGUUCUGAUUGCUGCUGGUUCUUCUUCCGACCAGGAGUAUCCAAGCGGGUAUGAGGCCGACGAUGAGCACAAUUCAAGGCAAGCCGCCCCCCAAACUGCGCCUCUCAACGGCCCGGCCGCUGACGGUUCCACCAUUGUACGCGAUAAUACAGGCGCCUGGGCAAUGGUGAGUAACAUGUCCGGGGCCAGGAACCGUUCUACAUGGUUCGCUGGAUUUUCCUCGCCCAGGCUCGAUGGCCGUUCUGGACGACCAGGGCGUCCUGCAGAAAUAAAGGUUCCGUUCAUCGACUAUAGCGGAUAUGAUGCUCAAAUCGGUCGCGGGGAGGACGACAGCCCAGACUGCGCUCAGUUUAUCGGACCACUGAGAAGCUCAUUCCCAGCCUCUGUUCAGUCUAUCGGACGAUUGGACACUCCUCCCGCCUGCUCAGGAGGUGUCGUGGGAGGGCGCAAGCGAUCUUGUGGCGACGAUGAGGAUGCUUCCGCAGCAGGAAUAAAAAGGGGACGCUCUUCGUCACCGCGGAUGGUUGUGGAAACUUCGACAACCACAAUCACGACCACACGCUCUUCCGCUGUAGAAACCCAGGCCUCCGAGCCUCAACAACCUGUGACCCUGACCUCUGAUGCCCCUGUUUCCGAUGAGCCUAGUCCUGUGAGCAACGAGCCAGUCGCAUACGCGAAGAUGGCCACUCCUGUGGAUGACCCAUCCUCAGGUGAAAUCAGCCCGCUGGUCUGGCCAUAUUUCGAUCCUGAAAUCCCAGGUAUGCACAGCUCCGGACUGAGAGCUCGUCGCCAUUAUGACUGGUACGAGCAGUUUCAUUCUGUAGGAUAUGAGUGCUACGAGGUUCAUCCCUGUUUUCACAACCCGGGGAGAGGAUGCCACCAGUGUCAUAGUGAAUGGCACAAAGACUGGGCUCGGUUCUUCAAGGCUGAGAAUCUUCUGCAAGAAGCAGCUGCAGACCCUGAGAAAUAUCUGCGAGAGACGGGACUGGAUAUGCGCGAGGACUUUAUGGGAGCCUUGUUGCAGGGCGCAAGUUGGGAGGUGCUGGCACCUCAUCUUCAGCCUCCCGCCGGCGGGAGGGUUCGAAUUCAUCCUGCACGACUUGCUAAGCAUAGGCUGGCCCUUGCUCAGGCGGCAGUGCAGGUAUGA